UGAUGUUGGGCCAGCAGAGCUCUCUGCAUUCAGUGAUAAUCUGGGAGGAAGCAUAAACGACAAGCUGUCAGAUUCCAACGUGCAGAAGGUCCCGUUCAGUUCGUGGGCUGAAGUAGUUGACCGUCUCCGAGCACGCUGGGGCUUCCGCCGGCGCAAAGCCGUGGUAACCCGUCACCGGUCUCGCAAAUCCAUCGACGAAUUUCCCUGGAAAAUCACGGCACACGCACCGCUGUAGCGCCGGCAGUGGACCCAUUAAGACGAAAAAGCAAGUCAAGUCCAAGUCGUGCUCGCUUUCAGUCAAAAUCCCUUCGUAGGUUCUGCGCACCUUCUGAAUAAUGCCGCGGAAAUUGCGUGUGCAAUUAUCGCCGUGGAAGGGUCUUGGACCGUUAGACGGCAAGAACUCAUCAUUGUUCAAGCACGCGCAGUAGAAAGUGUUGUGUGUUGGUAAUCGAUCCUCGAAGGCUGAGAAUCGGUGGAGAUCACAGCAGCGGGUGGAUUUUCUUGUUUGAGCACUCCUCAGCUCCGAAUAGAGUUGAGAGACAUUUCUGCAAAUACCAGAUCUGGGAUUUCAUAUUCCUCUUCUUUUGAGGCUCUGCUCCAUCAAUCUCUUUUACUGCCCUUGUAUUAGUACAAUCCUCUCGAGAUGAAAAGAAGAGUACCCACUGAUCCAGAUGAUCCGAUACAUGGGGAGUCUUCCUCAUCGACCUCUCCACAUGUAGGUGAUUGUGAAUGCAGAACCAAAAAGCCAAAAGGAAAUGACCACGAAGUAUUCUUGAGCUUUAGAGGGAAAGACACUCGCAAAGGCUUCAGCGAUCAUCUCUAUACUAGCCUUGUCAAUUCAGGGAUUCAUGUGUUUAGAGAUGACAAUGAGCUCCAUGUUGGUGAGGAGAUUGGUCCGGAGCUUCUUUGUAGUAUUACGCAGUCUAAAAUCGCGAUCCCAAUUAUCUCAGAGAACUACGCUUCUAGUAGAUGGUGCCUUCGCGAGCUGGCUCAGAUGUUGAAAUGCAAGAGAAGCAGAGGGCAGAUAGUGUUGCCCAUAUUUUAUAAAGUGGAACCCUCGCAGUUGCGACAUCUUACAGGGAGUUUGGGAGAUGCUAUCAAUGCACAUAAAGAGAAUUUGGAUGAAAUGGUUGUGAAGAAAUGGGAAGAAGCCCUUGAAGAAGUCAGUUCCUUGAAAGGAUGGCAAUCGGACAAAGUUGAUAAUGGGCAUGAAGGAACAUUGGUUAAAAUUGUUGUCGGAAAAGUUAUGAGUGAGUUGAAAAGACUUUUUCAGCUAAUUAUUCCCGAACGGUUGGUGGGAAUUGAUGAUCGUGUGGAGCAGGUAAUGAGCUUGAUAGAUGCUAAAUUCAAUGAUACAAGGAUUAUAGGAAUUUAUGGAAUAGGCGGCAUCGGUAAGACAACUCUUGCAAAGGUACUGUACAACAAACUCUCCGGUCAUUUUGAGUAUCUGAGCUUUGUGGCAAAUAUUCGAGAAACAUCUCGGCGCAAGGGUAUUGAAUGCCUACAAAAGCAGCUCAUUUACGAUAUACUAAGAAGUCCGCACGAUGUUUCUAAUGUUGACGAGGGAAUCGGUGUCAUCAAAUCUCGAUUUACAAGUAAGAAAGUUCUCAUUCUCCUUGAUGAUAUUGAGGACAAGGCUCACUUGAAUGCUUUGGCUGGAGAUGGUAGUUGGUUUAAAGCAGGAAGUAUAGUCAUCAUCACAACUAGAAACAAGAGCAUUCUCGAUGAGGCUGGUGUAGGCUACAUGUACCAACUCAAUGAGUUGUCUUUAAAUCAAUCAUUGAUUUUAUUUAGUAGACAUGCAUUUCGGAAGGAUUCUCCACAGAGUGAUUAUCAGAGUAUCUCUCGUGAUGUUGUAUCUACUACCGGGGGGCUUCCGUUAGCUCUUGAAGUUAUAGGUUCAUUCUUAUGUGGAAAGACAAAAAAAAUAUGGAAAGAUACAUCAAAGAGAUUAAAGAAAGCGCCUGAUAAGAAAGUCCAAGAGACUUUGAGGAUAAGUUAUGAAGCAUUAGAUCAUGAGGUGCAACAGAUAUUUUUGGACAUUGCAUGUUUUUUUAUUGGAUCAUGUAAACAAAAUCCGACCUACAUGUGGGAUGCUUGUGAUUUUUUCCCGGAGAGUGGGAUUGAAGUAUUGUGUCUUAUGUCUCUAAUUAAAAUUGACAAAGAUGGCAAGCUAAUGAUGCAUGAUCAACUGAGAGAUUUUGGAAGGGAAAUUGUUCGUCUAGAAAAUCAUAAGGAGCCUCAAGGCCGUAGCAGAUUAUGGAUUUAUGAGGAAGCCAUAGACGUGCUUGACAGCAACAAGGGCACUAGUAAGAUUGAGGCCCUUCGUCUAGACAAAUAUGAUUGCAGAAGAAGCUACACAGGUGAACAAUUUAAAGAACUGACCAAUUUGAGGUUCCUUAAAGUGAGCACUGCGAAUCUCAUUGGAGAUUUCGUGAACUUGCUUCCUCAAUUAAGAUGGCUUCAAUGGGAGGAUUGUCCCUUGGAUUUCACAGCGGCCAACUUUCAUCCGAAGAAAUUGGUCGUGCUUGAUCUCUCAUGGAGUGGGAUUUUGGAGGACUGGGGAGGAUGGGAUCCGCUCAAGAUGGCAACCGAGCUCAAAGUUCUUAACCUCUUGAAUUGUCGAUCUUUGAGAAGAACUCCUGAUUUGUCUGCUUUCAAAAGCUUGGAGAUUCUUUUAUUUGAAGGAUGUUGGCAUCUGGAAGAGAUUCAUCCUUCUAUUGGUGACAUCAAGACCCUUGUCUCCUUGAAUGUCAGGAGUUGUAAUAGACUGGAGGAGCUACCGGCAGGAGUAGGUAGAAUGGAAGAAUUAAGGGAGCUUCUCUUAGAUCAUACUGAUAUACAAGAGAUUCCUAUUUCAGAAGGUUGUUUGAUGAAGUUGGAGACACUUAGUGCCUCGUCUUGUAGACAACUAGCUAAACUUCCAGAAUCCAUGGGCUCCCUUGUGUCGUUAACUCUAUUGGACCUAUCUAGGACACGGAUUGAAGAAUUACCCGAAUCGAUUGGUUCUUUAAAGGAGCUCAAGACUCUUGAUGCCUCUAAUUGUGCAUCGUUAGCCUGCAUACCCAGCUCUAUAGGUCACCUAGCAUCUCUGCAGCGCUUGUUAUUAUGGGGAUGCCCCUCGUUGAGAGAAAUUCCCGAUUCGAUUGGAAAGUUGGCAUCAUUGGCCGAACUGCAUUUAGCAAGGACAACAAUUGUGGAAUUACCUGAAAGCAUUGGGAAUCUGCAAAAUUUGAGGAUCUUGGACAUUCGUCGAACUUACAUAACAGAAUUGCCUAGUGCUAUCGGAAUGUUGGCGAAACUCUCAGAGUUGAGAGCUUCAGGAUGCAAAAAUCUGGAUGGACUACCUCGUAAUAUAGGCAAACUGGUUUCGUUGAACAAGCUUAAUUUAGACAAGUCGGGCAUUACGGGCUUGCCAGAAAGCAUUUCUAAGCUCUCUUCUGUCCAAAACCUGAGUGUUCGAUGUUGCCAAAAGCUUCGAGAACUACCAGAACUGCCCUUUGGAAUAAUAGCUCUACGUAUCACUUGCCAGAGCCCGUCGUUGCCAAAUCUUUCCCACCUAACCCUUCUCAAGAAACUCACUCUUUUUGAUUGCCGUUGGCUUGAAUAUCUCCCAAAGCUUCCCGUUGGGCUAUCAAUGCUUUCUAUUACACGUUGUGGAAAAUUGAAAGCGGUGACAAAUCUGUCGAACUUGAAGCACUUAUCUGAAUUGUAUCUUGAGGAGUGCUAUGAGCUAACAGAAGUCACCGGUCUGGAAGGUUUACAAUCCCUCUAUAACUUACGUGUACGGGAAUGCCCUAAUAUAUCUAGGCUUGAUGAUGUUGAAUCCUGUGAUUCUGCAUCCUCAACAUGACAUUGAGAAUCAGACUUUUAGAUUAAUAAUGUUUUUGCAAGUUCUGUA